AUGAACAUUGAGUCCCCCAAUGAUAUUGAGUCCCUCAUUGAGUCCCUCAUUGAGUCCCCCAAUGAUAUUGAGUCCCUCAUUGAGUCCCUCAUUGAGUCCCCCAAUGAUAUUGAGUCCCUCAUUGAGUCCCUCAUUGAGCCCCCCAAUGAUAUUGAGUCCCUCAUUGAGUCCCUCAUUGAGUCCCCCAAUGAUAUUGAGUCCCUCAUUGAGUCCCUCAUUGAGUCCCCCAAUGAUAUUGAGUCCCUCAUUGAGUCCCCCCCAAUGAUAUUGAGUCCCUCAUUGAGUCCCCCAAUGAUAUUGAGUCCCUCAUUGAGUCCCCCAAUGAUAUUGAGUCCCUCAUUGAGUCCCUCAUUGAGUCCCCCAAUGAUAUUGAGUCCCUCAUUGAGUCCCCAAUGA